AUGGUGCCACCUGGCCUUCCCUCGGACCCUGACCUCGUCACCUGGUCCUCGCCCCAAUCACCAACCAACCCGAGAAACUGGUCACCAUUCCACAAGUGGUAUGCCUGCGUCCUCGUCUCUUUGGCUACAUUUCUGGCAAACGCAGGGACGAAUAUGUUGGCCCCGUCGCUCGGUCUCAUUUCACAGACAUGGUCCGAGGUGUACAACCCCGUCAAGAGAGGCCUGCUCAUCGGGUGUUAUGUCUUUGCGUUUACGUUUGCACCCAUUCUGUUCGGUCCCAUGAGCGAGAUUCUCGGUCGUAAACCCGUCAUUCUCUUGGGUGCCCUUUUCUUCCUAAUCUUUAACCUUUGUAGCGCCUUUGUGCCGAAUCCAUACGUCAUGAUGGUCUUCCGCUUCUUUGCUGGCCUAGGAGCGAGCGCCCCCAUGGCCAUCGGCGGCUCGAUCCUCACCGACAUUUUCCCGCCUGAAGAGCGGGGUGCAGCCAUGACCGUCUUUGCACUCGCUCCACAGCUUGGGCCUGUACUGGGACCAGUGAUGGCAGGCUGGACAGUGCAGGAGAUCCGCAAUUGGCGCUACAUCUACUACAUCUCUUCAAUCGCCAUUGCCGCCGUCGGUCUGCCUUGUCUUUUCAUGAAGGAGUCGUACACGCCCAGGAUCCUUGCAAAGCGUGCCAAGAAGCUGCGCAGGGAGACAGGAAACAGCCGGCUCAAGACAAUCUUUGAGCGAAGGCGCGAGACCGUGGGCCAGAUUUUCUCGAGAGGCGCCAUCAGGCCAAUGGUGCUCUUUUCCGUCGAGCCAAUCAUCAUGAUGCUGACGGCUUACAUCUCCCUCAUCUAUGGCAUCAUCCACCUCCUAACGGCCACUUUCCCCGCCGUGUUCGGUACGAUCUACAGCGAGCGUCCAGGCUGGGCGUCGAUGCACUUUAUCUGCAUCGGCAUCGACACAAUCUCGGGUGGCAUUGUCGGCGGCCUCCUCGUCGAGCACUUCUACAAGGUGCUCUCGAUGCGCAACGGCGGCAUCGCCAAGCCCGAGUACCGCAUCUAUGCCUUUCUCUUCAUUGUCUGGAUCCCACCCGUGGGCCUGUCGCUCUUUGGCUGGUGCACCUUCUACGGCGUUCACUGGAUCUUCGCGGACCUUGGCAUCGUCCUGUUCGCCUUUGGCAUCUCGGCCGCCGUCGUCGCCAUGCAGACAUACCUCGUCGACUGCUAUGCGCUGCUGGCAGGCAGUGCCCUGACGAGCGCUAUCGUCUGCCGGAGCAUUGUGGGCACAGGCGCCACCAUCGGGGCCGAGGACCUGCUCCUGCACGCCGGCCUGGGCUGGAGCAACUUUGCUCUGUCGCUCGCGUGCAUCCUCAUCGGCGUCCCUGUCGCCUACAUUCUCUACUACCGCGGUGCAGCACUGCGCGAGCGGAGCAGACACGCGACGCACAAGCGAUGA